AUGGCUGGGUUUGUAGGCCCAGAGGCAGGACAGGACAGACCCGAGCUUAAACACCGGCUGGCCACCCACGGGUGCUCUCUCCGUCUCCCGGUGUCUCCUCGGCGCUGCACUUUUAAUGAGGCAGAAGGCCCAGAGCUGCCGGCGUUUCGUGAUGCGUCACCACCUCCAGCCCCAGAACUGUGGGAAAGGAUCACGUUUGUUUUGUCCGACUCCGACGAACACAUCGACAGAGUCUGA